AUGCCUGUAUUGGAAUCAAAGAACGCCGGCAACGGAGCUGCUCCCCAGCAGCACAGCCAAAAGUCAAGAAAAGGCAAAAAAGCGUGGAGGAAGAAUGUCGAUGUUACCGACGUGCAGGAGGGUCUCGCAGAGCUGAACAAGGAGAUCAUUCAAGGUGGUGUCAUCAAGGAGCGACCAUCGGAACAACUCUUCGCCCUCGACAUAAAGGGCGAUGCUGCUCUUGAGAAGAAGUUCAACAAGCACAUCAAGAAGGGUCUCAAGGCCGACGAUAUCAUCAAUGCCCGGUCGCCAGUUCCCGCUGUCUCUAUGCGCAAGCGAUCAGGUGACAAGACCACCAACGGAAUUCUCCCUACGAAGCGCCAGCGAACUGAUUGGGUGUCCCACAAGGAGCUCUCUCGACUGAAGCGAGUUGCCGACGGCCAACACGAGAACACUGUUCAAGUACAGGAUGCUACCUACGAUAUCUGGGAUAUGCCUGCGGCGCCUAAGGAGAAGAAUGUCGACAACUUUGUGGAAGAGCAGGUUAAGCCCAAGGUACCCAAGUCAAUGAAGAAAGAGCCCCUAUCCCUACUCGAGAGCGGAAAGCAGAUACCUGCCGUUCUCAAGCCCACUGGAGGAUACAGUUACAACCCUAUGUUCACCGACUACGAGGAGCGCUUAGCAGAAGAGAGCGAAAAGGCUCUUGAGGCUGAGCGUCAGCGCCUGGCGCAAGAGGAACUGGAGAGAGAGAAGCAGGAGGCUGCCGCCCGAUCAGCAGCUGAGGCAGAGGCUGCCGAGGCUCGUGCCAACCUUUCAGAAUGGGAGGAGGAUUCCGAGUGGGAAGGUUUCCAGAGCGGUGCCGAAGACAGCAAGCCAUCCGUCAAGCGCCCGCAGAGAAAGACACAGACUCAGCGCAAUCGCAUUGCGCGUCGCAAGGAGGAAGAGCGCCUGGCAAAGGAAAAGGCUGCUAUCAAGGCUCAGCGACGCCAAGAGCAGCGCAUCAGGGAGAUUGCCGAGGAGAUUGAAGAAAAGGAUCGAAACAAGGCCCUCGCCGCACUGAAUGAAGAUCCAGCCGACCCCAUCGACGAGCUUCGCCAAGAGAAGUUGCGGCGCAAGCAGCUCGGCAAGUACAAGCUUCCUGAGCGAGAUCUUGAGCUGGUUCUUCCGGAUGAGCUGCAAGACUCGCUGCGACGAUUGAAGCCCGAAGGCAACAUGCUCCGGGACAGGUACCGAAGCAUGCUGGUGCGCGGAAAGGUUGAGAGCAGGAGACAUAUUCCGUUCCACAAGCAGGCAAAGGGCAAGUACACGGAGAAGUGGACAUACAAGGACUUCAAGAUAUAA